CCUUUGCAACGCAACCUUCAAGAGGGAUACGUCCGGUCUUUGCAUUCCCCCAACCAUUGCAAAAUGAACUCCUUCCGCUUCGCUCGCUCUGCCCUGAGGGCCCGUCCCUCCAUGUUCAGCGCUCCCGUCCAGCGCCGUGGAUAUGCCGAGGCCGUCAACGACAAGAUCAAGCUGUCCCUGACUCUGCCUCACCAGACCAUCUACCGCUCCACCGGCGUUACCCAGGUCAACAUCCCCGCCGCCUCCGGUGAGAUGGGUGUCCUCGCCAACCACGUUCCCUCCAUUGAGCAGCUGAAGCCCGGUCUCGUUGAGAUUGUUGAGGAGGGUGGCGCCACCAAGCAGUACUUCCUGUCUGGCGGUUUCGCCGUUGUCCAGCCCGACUCCCAGCUGAGCAUCAACGCCGUCGAGGGUUACCCCCUGGAGGACUUCAGCGCCGACGCUAUCCGCGCCCAGAUCGCUGAGGCCCAGAAGAUUGCCAGCGGCAGCGGCAGCGAGCAGGACAUUGCCGAGGCUAAGAUUGAGCUUGAGGUUCUGGAGACCCUGCAGGCCCAUGUCAAAUAGAUGUACAUAACCACUUGAUCGUUUCACCCCUACCUUGAACUUGUAGAAUUACAGCAAUUCUCUUUUGUUGA